ACAAACAUAUUUAUUCGCGCGCGCAUUGCUUUAGUGUUGCGAAUAUCGUUAUCACAGUGUUGUUCGCACAGUGUCGUAUUAUUUUUGACGGCAUGUUUCGACCGUUGAUAGUGUAGCAUAAAUGUUUAUCCUUUAUCGAAGUUAACGCAAAUGGCGCUGAUGUGAUGAGAAACUGUACAUUUAUCAUUGCUAGUUGUUGGGGCUACUAGACUAGAAGAUAAAAAUAGUGUGCUUGGGAGAUUAGUUACCUUGCUUAGUGAUAUACUCGAAUACUCUCUGAAUAAUGCGUCUAUUUAUCAUGGAAACUACUGCCCAAUGAAAAUUUUUAAUAGAAGAUACAGCGUCAAUAGCAACUGAUAAGCAACUGAAACCACCCUCUUGGUGGCACGACCACACAAACGCUGAACGGAAGGUAGAGCCCCAAGCAUGGCAGUAUUUUUAGUUCAGUAUGGCUCUGAUUAGAGCGCGUUCCGGUCGUCGUUGUCGGUAACGAAUUUCGACAGUUCUAGGCUGUAUCUUAUCGAUUAUCACGGCUAGGAGUGCUACUUGAGAACGGUAACAAUAAUGGACAAGUACAAUGCCAACGAGGCCAAGACCUACCGGAAUUUACCGCAGCAUGAGAACGGAUUAGUGCGAGACGCGGAAGAUGACUAUUCGGAGGAGUUCCCGCAGUUUGGUGAACUAUUUAAGUUCCGACAUGGAUGUUGCAGCGAGAAAAUGAUCAAAAAGCGCCUGCCGAUCCUAUCAUGGCUUCCCCACUACAAUCGACAGUACCUAGUGCAGGAUAUUGUGGCGGGUUUGACCGUCGGGUUGACGGUCAUUCCGCAGGGAAUAGCCUACGCUGUAGUGGCUGGGUUGGAACCGCAAUAUGGGCUGUAUUCGGCUUUCAUUGGAUGCUUUGUGUACUUUGUGUUCGGUAGCUGUAAGGACAUUACGAUAGGGCCGACAGCGAUCAUGUCGCUGAUGGUGCAGGUUCACGUUGCCAAUUUGGGGCCGUCAUUCGCGCUGCUGGCGACGUUUCUUUCAGGUUGCAUAAUCCUUGUGCUUGGAUUACUUAACUUGGGUUUCCUAGUGCAGUUCAUUUCUAUGCCAGUGACUGCCGGGUUUACUUCAGCCGCUGCCAUCACCAUUGCGAGCGGGCAAAUCAAGUCACUUCUAGGACUUCCUGGGAGUUCCAACGAAUUCCUAGAUUCAUGGGCGAAUGUAAUUGAGAACAUUCAUCUAACGAAGCUGUGGGAUUCUGUACUCGGAAUCGGAACGAUUGUGCUCCUUCUGUCUAUGAUGCAGCUAAAGAACAUGAAGGGUCCAUGGAAAACGUUUGGCAAAUAUGUUGCGCUGGCACGCAACGCAAUUGUCGUGAUCUGUGGAACCGUGCUAGCGUACUACCUUAGCACCGACGGAGUGGCUCCCUUUGAUUUGACGGGCAACGUAACCUCUGGAUUUCCACCCAUGCAACCACCUCCGUUCUCUGCGGUGGUCAACAACCAAACCUACUCUUUUCCGGACAUGGUCUACCAGUUGGGAACGUCCGUUAUCGCUCUGCCGCUCAUCGCCAUCCUGGAGAGUAUCGCCAUCGCGAAAGCAUUCUCCAAGGGAAAAACCAUCGAUGCCACCCAGGAAAUGAUUGCGCUCGGGUUGUGCAACAUUGUAGGGUCGUUCUUCGCAUCGUUACCCGUAACCGGGUCGUUCACCCGAACGGCCGUCAACAAUAGCAGCGGUGUGCGAACGCAAGCCGGUGGUAUCACUACCGGCCUUAUUGUGCUUCUUGCGCUAGGGCUUCUAGCUGGAACGUUCUUUUACAUUCCGAAAGCCGUAUUGGCUGCGGUAAUCAUAGCCGCUAUGUUCUUCAUGGUGGAGUUCCACGCGGCGGCCGAAAUCUGGCGUACGAAGAAAAUCGAUAUCAUUCCUUUGUUUGCUACGCUGAUGUCUUGUCUGUUCCUGGGCUUGGAGUACGGGAUGAUCAUUGGAAUCGGCGUCAACAUGUGCUUCGUGCUGUACCAAACGUCGCGCCCGAAUAUAGCACACUGUAUUCAACGGAUCGGCAACGUAGAUAUGUUGGUAAUUACUCCAGAUCAGAGCCUGAUCUACUCUUCGGCCGAGUACCUCAAAGCUCGUGUCGUAAAACUAUCUCAGCAGAAUCUAGUCGACCUGGUCGUGAUCGAUGGCGCUGCCAUUAAUCACAUCGAUACAACUGUGGCCAAAAUCCUGGCCAGUAUUGUUGAAGAUCUCAAAAUGCAGGAACGGCCGGUCCUGUUCUGGAACUGGCAACGCCCGGUGCAGCACACUGCUUUCCGCCUACAUGAGGAGUUGUUUGUUCCACUUUUCAAGUGUGGCCAUUCGCUGGAAGAGAUUGUCAAACAAUGGUCGCUGGAUAAUCGAAUUGAGGCAUGAACGCAAUUUGUCUUGCUUUGUGAUAGAUGAGACCAUACUCGGGUAUUUGAGUAACUUAUUAUCAGGAUGAUUAUGCCUAUUUGAUUGACAUUUUUUACAACUGGAAAAUCAAAAUCGACAAAGGUAUUACAUAUAUGGUUACCAUUUAUAUGCAUUCUAGAAUUAGUUUUUGUAAGAUGAUUAAUAUAAGCCUCGUUACUGUUUCGUUAUGUAUAGGUACAACAUUGAUAGAUCACAUAUCUUGUAUAAAUAAAAAUGAAAAGAAUUCUCAUGUCCGUACAGGUACGGCGAUGUGGAUACUAG